UUAUCUCCAUCAGUCCAUCCCCCUUAGGCCCUUCUCUUUUGUCGCCUCCUUCCUCUCUUCUUCCUUCCUAAGGAAAAUCAAUGGCUUUACCCACUAACAGAUCCUGAAAGCCUACUCCCGUUUUCUAUAAAUUCCCUUCUUCUCUCAUCUCUCCACCUCCCUCGCUCGCCCUCUCCGUCUCGUCUGCCAUUUCGUAGAUCAAUUCCUGGAUCGAAUUUGUUUUCGUCUUCUUAUCUGAGGGAAAACUCUGUUUCACGAUCGUCCCAUCUUCGGCAGUCAGUCCGAUCUCUUGAAAAUUCCAGUAACAAGCCAUCUACGGCAUUCAUGAACACUAAUUCCUUCUUCCGCAGAAUCCACCUUCUCCAAUCCUUCUCCGUUGUGUUUCUAUACUAUUUCUACGUCAUCUGUUGACGUAACCCUAGCAAUCAUCUACAACAUUUCCCAAAUCUGAUAGAUGUCGAUGGAGGAAGAAAAUCGGUUUGACCUUGAUCAGAGGAAGCGGAAACGGAUGCUCUCGAACCGUGAAUCGGCGAGGAGGUCACGGAUGAGAAAGCAGAAGCAUUUGAAUGAUCUCGUGAACCAGGUGGGCAAGCUCCGGGAGGAUAACAGCCGGAUCUCCGCACAGGUGAAGUUGAGGAGCGAGUGGUACGCUACUGUUGAGACCGAAAACAGGGUGAUGAGGACCCAAGUGAUGGAGCUCACGGAAAGGCUUCGGUACGUCAGCUCGCUGCUUAGGUUCGUACAGGCUGCGAGUGGCAUGGUAAUGGAGAUCCCUGAUCCCCUCCUCAAGCCAUGGCAGGUCCCUUGCCCGUCGCAGUCUAUUAUGGCAUCGGCCAAUUUUUUCCAAUGCUGAAUCGGUUUGCUUGCUUAUAUUUAUUUCUUUUCAGUUUUGGAGGCUUUGAAAUCUUCAGAAAGACCUUUGAAUC